ACAAGCUUCAUCAUCGUUGAGCCACUCAUCUGCACACAUGAAUGCCUCAGAUUUUCCAAAACGGGCCUUCAAUGUCGUUUUGUAACAAAGAAGGAACGCAUGGCUCUGAAGUUACUGCACACGACGAGUCGUUUAACAUGCGCUUAAACCCAGUGUGUGAAAUUAUACAUUUUCCAUCAUAGGAUAAACUCAACUCAUUGCAAAGAAGAAUUCACGGGCAAUAUUAUACGUUUUCGUCCACAUUCAGGAAGCUCUUUCACAGAAGAAGUAAUGUCUAGGAGGCAAGUACAUUCCACAAGACAUGGUAAAGCUUCCCCAUUUAAGGAGUCUUACGUCCAUAUUCAAGAUGUUCCUCCCUGUUAUCCAUAAUUGCAGUGAUCAAGACAUCUCCUUUGACUGAGGAAGGUCAGCAUCAAACUUACUAUUCCUAGGGAUUCAGGAAUAUGCAACAAAAUAAAGUUUUGCACUGAAAUUGAGCAAGUGAAAAAAGGCAGAAACCAGAAAAGAACAUGCGGAGAUUAUCGGCAAAAACGUUGCUUUUCUAUAAAUGUGAUAUUUUACCUCUUCCCUUGAGAAAACCAUUGGCCAUUGGGCAUGAAAAUAUCAUUUAUCAGCUGUUCUCUACUGGUUCUGAGGUAAGUUCUUCUCAAAUCUCUAUGCAGUCACCACCAAACCAUAAAUCCACAAGAUUCAGUAGUAACAGCAUCAACAAUGGCUUAACAACUCAGUUUGACCUCAUUCGCCUAGAUGCCAGUCCAGUAAACCAUAUAAAUGACCAAAGCCAUGAUGAGUUUGCUUCUGAUGUGGAAAAGGUCUAUAGAAUAUUGAGAAAAUACCACUCAAGGGUUCCCAAAUUGGAGCUUGCUCUGAAAGAAUCUGGAGUUGUUGUGAGGUCUGGAUUAACUGAGCGUGUAUUGAAUCGAUGUGGUGACGCUGGGAAUUUGGCAUAUAGAUUCUUUGCAUGGGCUUCUAAGCAAUCCAGUUAUCAACACAGUCAGGAAGUGUACAAAGCUAUGAUUAAAGUUUUGAGUAAAAUGCGGCAAUUUGGUGCUGUUUGGGCGCUGAUUGAAGAAAUGAGGCAAGAGAACCCUCAGUUGAUGUCACCACAAGUGUUUGUUAUUUUGAUGAGGAGGUUUGCUUCUGCAAGGAUGGUUCAGAAGGCUAUUGAAGUAUUGGAUGAAAUGCCCAAGUAUGGGUGUGAGCCAGAUGAAUAUGUUUUUGGAUGUUUGUUGGAUGCAUUGUGCAAGAAUGGAAGCAUUAAGGAAGCAGCUUCUCUUUUUGAGGACAUGCGAUAUCGAUUUCCACCAACUGUCAAACAUUUUACUUCCUUGUUGUAUGGUUGGUGUAGGGAAGGGAAGCUUGUGGAAGCUAAACAUGUGUUGGUGCAGAUGAAGGAUGCAGACAUUGAACCAGAUAUUGUGGUUUAUAACAAUUUACUUAGUGGGUAUGCUCAAGCUGGGAAAAUGGGGGAUGCUUAUGAUCUUUUGAAAGAGAUGAGAAGGAAAGGUUGUGAACCAAAUGCAACUUCUUACACGAUUUUGAUCCAGUCACUCUGUAAACAUGAACGAUUGGAGGAGGCAAUGCGAUUAUUUUUUGAGAUGCAGAGAAAUGGUUGUCAUGUGGAUGAUGUAACCUAUUCCACAUUGAUUAGUGGAUUUUGCAAGUGGGGAAAAAUCAAAAGGGGUUAUGAGCUUUUGGAUCAGAUGAUACAGCAAGGCCAUUCCCCAAAUCAGCUUAUUUAUCAGCAUAUUAUGGUGGCCCAUGAAAAGAAGGAAGAGCUGGAAGAGUGUAUGGAACUGAUGAAUGAGAUGCAGAAGAUUGGUUGCAUUCCUGAUCUUCACGUCUAUAAUACAGUCAUUAGGUUGGCUUGCAAGUUGGGAGAGGUCAAGGAAGGUGUUCAGCUUUGGAGUAAAAUGGAAGCAAGUGGGCUUAGUCCUGGUGUUGACACCUUUGUCAUCAUGAUUAAUGGGUUUCUUGAGCAAGGCUUCCUAGUUGAAGCUUGUGAGUAUUUCAAAGACAUGGUUGGGAGAGGGCUUUUUACUGCUCCUCAAUAUGGUACCUUGAAGGAGUUGAUGAAUUCUCUUCUAAGAGCUGAGAAGCUUGAAAUGGCUAAAGAUACUUGGAAUUGUAUCACUUCUUCUAAAGGAUGUCAGCUGAAUGUCAGUGCAUGGACAAUCUGGAUUCAUGCACUCUUUUCAAAAGGACAUGUGAAGGAAGCUUGUUCAUUCUGCAUCGACAUGAUGGAUAUGGAUUUAAUGCCACAGCCAGAUACUUUUGCAAAGCUUAUGCGAGGUCUGAGGAAAUUAUAUAACAGACAAUUUGCAGCAGAGAUCACAGAGAAGGUAAGGAAAAUGGCAGCUGAUAGGCAGAUCACUUUCAAGAUGUAUAAAAGGAGAGGAGAGAGGGACUUGAAAGAAAAGGCAAAGGAGAAAAAGGAUGGGAGGAAGAGGCGGGCUAGACAACGGCAAUGGGGUGGAGGCCGUCAGAAGUUGUAAUGUGCAUCAGUGAAGCUUGACGUAAAAUCUGUACGAAUCCUGGAGGAGUGAUCUAAGGCAAGAAUUUGGUCAAGCCAUUCAAUUGAAUGGAAAUCAAAUGACGCUAUUUGUUUUUAUUUGACUAAAGGAGACUUAAUUAGAUGAUGUUAGAGAAGCUGCAUUUUUUUUUCUGAGGUAUCAGAACAUAAUUGGUCAAAAUAAUUGUAGUUUCUAAUCAUUUUCGGAUAGUAGUCUUAAAAAUUGUUUUUUCCAUUUCAGAUUGAAGGCCCACUUUGAAACUACUCUAAGGGAGUUGGGUAAUGUAAUUAGUUUAUUGUUUUAUUAGCACUUUUUUGGCAUUUUCUAUGUAUCAAGAAGUGAAGUCUUCAGGUCUGAGAUUGUGUUUUCAGUUUUGUACAGAUCUACUGAAGCAUGCCAAAGUUUUGAGCAAAAAUGCUCCUCCUCUGCAGCUAUGUGAUGUGUCUAUUGGACCCAAAUAAGCUAGGGAAAUAGUCAAGUUUGCCAGGGAUCCAACACAUAGUCCAGCUUGUUAUCUGUUGUGGUACAACUGCAGCUUUUCACCAUAGGUUUUAUUUACCUCCUAAUCUUAAUUUAUGUCAGGGAAAGAGAGAGCAAGAGGAGAGUGAAGAAAACAAUGGAAAAAAUGAAAUUUACUGUUGUACUAAGUCUUGUUUAAGGUAUGGACAGAAAGGAAUAAAUGUGGUAAUUAUUUGUAUAUAUCUUUGAUAAAUAUUUUGUCCAGAGUUCUUCUUGAUACAUUCAUAUUAAAAAAUUAAUCAAUUUGCUGUCUGAUAAAGUUGUUUUGUAUG